GUGCACAGUUAGCUAAUAAUCACAGAAAACACCACUGAGACGCCACUUUGAUUGAUUUCUCGCCGUCCCUUUGUUUUUGAGCAUCGGUCAAGAUGAAGGCGUCCCAGUUCUUGAAGCAGCUCUUCUCCGCCAUCGUGGCCGCUGUGAAGGGGAGGUCUACCGCGACGGGCAGCAAGACAAGCCCCGUGCGGACGCGCCUCGUCAUCUUCAGCAUCCUCCGGAACAAGAAGCUCCUGAUGAGCGCCAUCAACAGCAAGAUUCACGCGGUCAUGGGCGGCAGAAGCCAAGACAACAGCGAGCACGGCAAUGGCAACCACCUUGUUGCGGCCGCGAGCAGUGGAGUUGGUAGGAAAGCCGCCGUGCUGAAAACCUGCCGAGCUUCCGAGGUGGAGAAAGAGGAGGGCGGAGAGGGUGUGGCGAAGCAGCUGCAGCUGGCGAACGUGCCGCCAGGGUCGGUGAUCGAUCUUGCCCGCAGCGCGGCGGAACGAGGCGGCGUGGAGUUCAGGCUGGAGGACGAGAUCGACCACGUCGCCGACGUGUUCAUCAGGAAGUUCCACGACCAGAUGAAGCUGCAGAAGCUCGAAUCCUUCAAGAGGUUCUGCGAGAUGCUCGAAAGGAACUAACUUGAUCAACAGCUGAAUGAUCACCACAUCGAUCGCUAGCUCAAAUGCAGACUGUGGAGGGUCGAAUCCGUAUGAUUUAAGUUAGAGGUUGAUUAAUUCAACUC